AGAUAUUAAUGGAUUCCAUUCCUCUAACCUUGGAUUGAAAGGCGUUCUUUGGGAGCUUGAUGUUGCUAGUAGACUUAUUAACACUUGAAUGAUUAAAGCUCUGGAUAUUCUCCAGGCUGCUGUUUCUUCUGAAUAUUCUCAAAGAGUAGCUCAGGGAAAAUAUGGUGAAUUUUUGUUGUUAAGAGAAUCUGAUAGAAAACCAUGAAGUUCCAAAAGGAGGGGCAAGAAAAGGUCCCCCGUCGUCGCAAGUUGCAGAGAAAAGCAGUUAGACAUUUCUGGUGACUGGCAAGGCCCUCCAACAUGGGAGUCGUCCUUGGGGGUGAUGGAAAUCCUAGGUUUCUUUGUGAUAUGAUGUUAAAGGAUAAGCAAAUAUUUACUCUGAUUGAAGACUUGGCAAAACAUCUAAGGUGCGUGGAAAUAUAUGCUGCAAUUCUACGCUCAAAAAAGCCAGAUUCGAGGAAGUUCACAGAUCAAGCAUACAGGGAGAAUAUAGUGCUCUUGACCCGAGAUGCCAAGCUAUUGAGAGUUGAGAUGCCAUUGUUUCUAGUGUGCAGGUUCAGUAAAAGCAGUUGUUUUUGCAAUGUCAUUAGUCUCUGAGAAUUGGCACGUGUUGAAUCAUAUGGAUGUCUUUGAUGGUAAGUAUUGUGGAUAAAACUCAUUGAGAACUAAAUUCUGAAAUAGAUUAUUAAUUGAUUUGCCAGCAAAAAUAAAAUUACAUUUAUUGUGUAAGCAAGCUGGUAUUAUCAUUGAUAUUGGUAUCUUUUCUCUGAGCAAUAAUCUUUCAUUUUCUGGUAAUAUAUGAUCUUUAUAGUUAUUGGUCAAACAAAGAGU